AUGUAUCAAGAGUCGUCUUUUCAGCAUUUAAAUAAUCAUGACACCGCAAAUAAUACUAAUGAUGUAAACACAGAUAACAUUACCGAUUUGUCUGUCUCUCAAAAUUCAAUUUUUCCCUCUGAUUCGACAAUUGAAAAUACUGAUGAUUUUCAUUUCCGUGAUGAUGACGAUGAUAGUAGUAAUGAUGCGGAACUAGAACCAUUUGGAUACGAAUUGAAGUUUGAAAUUCAAUCACAAACCUUACAAAUCCGUGCGACUGAUCAAGAAAAAAUUUCAGAGGACGAUGUGGCGAUUAUCAAUUCAAUUAUGAAAAAUAUCAAAAUUCCUGAUUCUGCUGUACCUGAAUGGGCUAAAGUUAUUCCUGAGGAAGCUUGGUUGCCUGUGAUUCUUAAUAAUAAUGAAACAAGUGAAGAGACCAAUAGUAAUGAUAUUUCAUAA